AUAAAAAAGACAGUUCCUCUGCUAAAGCUUCGAAGGACAACAAAGAAGAUGAGAGUGAUGAGCUAUGCUUGUUCUAUGUCUGGAAGUACUGCAAACAUAAAGAUAAAUGCAGAUUUGUUCAUUACCAUUUGCCAUAUCGAUGGCAAAUAUAUAAUGGGAUCACCUGGAAUGACCUUUCCAUGAUGGAGGAAAUUGAAAAGGCCUAUUGUGACCCAAAAAACAGCAGCAUAGCAGAUAGGAACAUUAAUUUCCAGACGAUGACCUGCUCUUAUUCUUUGCUUCGACGCCUCUCUACACCAUCAUCAGUCACAAAACCCACAUUCGUAUUAACCACACAGUGGAUUUGGUAUUGGAAAAACGACCAAGGCCAGUGGAUUGAAUAUGGAGAACAGGGAGAAGGGGAUAGUGUGAACUCGCCAUCUUCUGAUAUUAUUGAGAAUUUGUAUCUAGCAGAUCCAGGUGCCACCAUAUCUUUCCAGGCUGGCGUGCAUCAUUACCAGCUCAAUUUUAAAGAAAUGACCCAGACAAACAUGUCUUUUAAAACUCGAAGACAGGUCUGCAGGCGACCAAAGUUUGUGUCUUCUGAAGAUGUGCAGAAGAUAAAGAAAGGCCAGAGGGAUUCUUCUAUUCCAAAUCAAGCCUGUCCUAUCCACUGGGAUCAAUCUGCACUGCCUGAAUUGGGAUACAAGGCAGUGGAGAUCAGUAACACAAGCUCUGAAUACAACCUAAUAAAGCAGCUAUUUCUUCAGACUAUGAAAAGCUACAGUAUCCUUAAAAUACGGAGGAUUCAGAAUCCAUCCCUCUGGAAAGUGUUUCAGUGGCAAAAGGAGCAGAUGAAGAGGGAAAAUGGAGGGAAGGAAGUAACUGAAAAGCUCCUGUUCCAUGGAACCAAGACCUCCUUUGUGGAAGCCAUCUGCCUUCACAACUUUGACUGGAGAAUUUGUGGAAGCAAUGGAACUGUCUAUGGAAAGGGAAGUUACUUUGCUAGAGAUGCUUCCUAUUCCCAUACAUACUGUCAGCCUGCGGUGAAACCAAACCUCAUGUUCGUGGCUCGUGUAUUGGUUGGAGAUUAUGUUAAAGGCAAUGCAACCUAUGUUCGCCCCCCGACAAAGUCUUUUGACGGGCUUCGGUUUUAUGACAGCUGUGUGGACAAUGAGUUAAAUCCCUCCAUUUUUGUUGUCUUUGAAAAAUACCAGAUUUACCCAGAGUAUAUAAUAGAGUAUGCGGAGGAAGAAAAAAAGUGUAUUGUAUCUUAG